AUGCCGGCGGCGACAACAAAGCUCCGAGAAAUAGAAGUGAUGAUAAUCUCGGCGCAAGACCUGAAGAACGUGAAGCACGUGACGCAGGUAAGAGCGUACGCGGUGGUGUACGUGGAGAAGGAAUACCACGCUGCAAGGACGGGCGUGGACGAGCAGGGCGGGACCAGCCCCACGUGGAACGAGGUCGUCAAGGUGAAGUUCCGGGAGGACCUGCUGGAGAACGACGUGCUAGCGGCGCUGAACGUGGACAUCUACGCGCAAGGGCGCGUGAGGGAGAAGCCGGUGGGCAGCGCCAGGGUGCUGCUGUGCGACGUUUUGAAGGGCGGGGACGAGCGGGAGCCGGCGGAUAAUCCAGUGCAGUGCAUGACGGUGCAAGUGUGGAGGCCGUCUGGUAGGCCCCACGGGCUGCUGAACCUGUGGGUCCCGCCGACAGGGAGGUUCUUGAUGAGGAGGGAGUCUUUAUCGUUUAGUGCGAGGGAAGCGGUGGACGGUGAAGAGGUGGAGGUGGAAGAGGAGCCUGUGGUGAAAGGUGGCGAGGAGGCAUAG